AUGCUGCCGGCUCAGACGAUCGCAGAAGUACGCGCGGACGGCAGCUACCGCACCGUUAUCACCGAGUCGGGCGAUGAGUACAGCGCGAUGGCGUUGCUUCUCUCCGUGGGAACGCGCUAUCGCAGGCUGAAUGUGCCCGGCGAAGAGGAUUUCAUCGGCGCGGGAAUUCACUUCUGCGCCACCUGCGACGGGCCAUUCUACAAGGGGGAGCAGAUGGUCGUCAUCGGCGGCGGCAACAGCGCCCUCGAAGAAGGCUUGUUCCUGACGCGCUUCGCCGAGAAAGUAACGCUGCUCGUCAGGGGCGACAGCCUUCGCGCGAGUCAGAUUCUGCAGGAGAAAGCCGCAAAUCACCCGAAGAUGGAGAUACGCUUCAACACCACGGUUCACGAGUUUCGGGGAAAACGCAGACUCUCCGGCGUGGUGGUGAAGGACGGCAAAAGCAACGCUACUGAAGAGAUUCACCCCGGCGCGGUGUUCGUCUUCAUCGGGCUGGACCCUAACACAGGCUUCCUGUCCAACCUGGUUGAACUAGACGACUGGGGCUUCGUUCGCACUUUCGACAACAUGCAGACGAGCGUAGAAGGUAUAUUCGCCGCUGGCGACGCACGAGCGGGCAGCACUAAGCAGGUAGCCAGCGCAGUCGGCGAAGGCGCGGCCGCAGCCCUGAUGAUCAGGCAAUAUCUGGAAAAGCUGGGCGGCAGGCGUGGAUACAGGGGCGAUUAA